CCACCCUCCCGCCCUCCCCGCCACCUCCCCCCUGGUUUCUAAUUCCUGCCACUAGCUCAGCGGCUCAUUCAGCGGCGCCUUCAGCAGAGUGGAGUGUACCAAAGCUGAGAUGCAGUUGUGUCUGCCCGCUGUCUAGUUGUGAAUGGGACUUGUCUCCUUGCUCUGUUCUGGGGGUGACAGUACUGAGCCAGCCCUGGAGGACUCCAAGCCAGAUCUACGAUUUUUGGACAAGCAGUCCCAGGAGAGUGAUUUUUGUGGUGAUUCAUUAAGCGAUCAAUCCAAUGGGUGGUGUGUGUUACAGAAAUUGGCAACAAGUAUCCAAUGGGUGAAGAAGUCAUCCAAAUCCAUCACUGGUCUGUAAUGAAAAACCUUGCCAGCUCACUAGGGUGGACCAGACCAUGUACUACAUAUUUGAGAGCCCGGGGUCACCAUCCUCCUGCAGUUAAACACCAAAGGAAGAGGCAAAAUUGGGAAGGUGCACAGCAUUGAGGUGAUGCUCUUCCUGAAUGGUGGUAUUCUGUCUGGAGACGGUUCCAUUUGAGUGUACUGAGUGGCCUGCCACAUUGAAGACUAUCAGAUCUCCGAGUACAAAGGCUGGAUUUACAGAUACUCCUGUGCCUCUCACUUAACCAAAAAUGAAGGAGAACUACUGUUUACAUGCUAUCCUGGUCUGCCUGGGAAUGCUGGCUAACAGCCAGGCAUUUUCAACUGAGAAAUCGAAUCAUUUAAGGUCUCUCCACGCUCACCAUGAAAAAGGAAAAGAAGGUCAGGUUCUUCAACGUUCCAAAAGAGGCUGGGUCUGGAAUCAGUUUUUUGUAAUUGAGGAGUACACUGGACCGGAUCCUGUGUUAGUUGGCAGGCUCCACUCUGAUAUUGAUUCUGGUGAUGGGAACAUUAAAUACAUUCUCUCAGGUGAAGGAGCAGGAACCAUUUUUGUUAUUGAUGAUAAAUCAGGGAACAUUCAUGCAACUAAGACACUGGACCGAGAAGAAAGAGCCCAGUAUACUCUGAUGGCUCAAGCUGUGGACAGAGACACCAAUCGACCAUUGGAGCCACCUUCAGAAUUCAUUGUCAAAGUUCAGGACAUCAAUGACAACCCUCCUGAAUUCUUACAUGAAAAUUACCAUGCCAAUGUGCCAGAGCGGUCCAAUGUGGGUACAUCUGUGAUCCAAGUAACUGCUUCAGAUGCUGAUGAUCCUACCUAUGGAAAUAGUGCUAAACUGGUUUAUAGCAUUCUGGAGGGCCAGCCCUAUUUUUCUGUUGAAGCACAAACAGGUAUAAUCAGAACGGCGCUUCCAAAUAUGGACAGAGAAGCAAAGGAAGAAUAUCAUGUUGUAAUACAAGCCAAGGACAUGGGUGGACACAUGGGCGGACUCUCAGGGACAACCAAAGUGACAAUUACACUGACCGAUGUCAAUGACAACCCACCAAAGUUUCCACAGAGUGUAUACCAGAUGUCUGUGUCAGAAGCAGCUGUGCCAGGAGAAGAAGUAGGACGAUUGAAGGCCAAAGACCCAGAUAUUGGAGAAAAUGGCUUAGUAACCUAUAAUAUCAUUGAUGGGGAUGGCAUGGAGCUGUUUGAAAUAACAACAGAUUAUGAAACACAGGAAGGCGUGGUGAAACUUAAGAAGCCUGUAGAUUUUGAAACCAAAAAAGCUUACAAUCUAAAGGUGGAGGCUGCAAAUGUUCACAUUGACCCCAAGUUCAUCAGCAAUGGCCCAUUCAAAGACACGGUAACAGUGAAGAUCGCUGUGGAAGAUGCUGAUGAGCCGCCAAUGUUUUUAGCACCCAGUUAUAUUCAUGAAGUUCAAGAAAAUGCGGCUGCUGGUACUAUUGUUGGUAGAGUCCAUGCCAAAGACCCUGAUGCUGCCGGGAGCCCCAUCAGAUAUUCAAUUGAUCGGCACACUGACCUCGACAGAUAUUUCAGUAUUGGUCAAGAAGAUGGUUUUAUUAAAACCACAAAACCUCUUGACAGGGAGGAAACAGCCUGGCUCAACAUUUCUGUCUUUGCAACUGAAUUCCACAAUCGACACCAAGAAGCUAAAGUCCCAGUUGCCAUCAGAGUUAUUGAUGUCAAUGAUAAUGCUCCCAAAUUUGCAGCCCCAUAUGAAGGCUUUAUUUGUGAGAGUGACCAGACAAAACCUGUUUCUAAUCAGCCAAUAGUUUCCAUUAGUGCUGAUGACAAGGAUGACACAGCCAAUGGACCAAGAUUUCUCUUCAGUUUACCUCCUGAAAUUGUCCAUAACCCAAAUUUUACAGUCCGAGACAACAGAGACAACACCGCUGGUGUUUAUGUCAAACGUGGUGGUUUCAGUCGGCAGAAGCAAGACUUAUACCUGCUACCAAUAGUGAUCAGUGAUGGGGGGAUACCUCCCAUGAGCAGCACCAAUACCCUGACAAUCAAGGUGUGCGGAUGUGAUGUCAAUGGGGCAUUGUUGUCCUGCAACGCCGAAGCCUAUGUCCUCAAUGCAGGACUCAGCACGGGGGCGUUAGUUGCCAUCUUGGCCUGCAUUGUGAUUUUGCUGGUUAUUGUCGUGUUAUUUGUGACCCUGAGAAGGCAAAAGAAAGAACCACUAAUAGUCUUUGAGGAAGAAGAUGUGCGAGAGAACAUCAUUACCUAUGAUGAUGAGGGUGGUGGAGAAGAAGAUACAGAGGCUUUUGAUAUUGCAACCCUCCAAAACCCUGAUGGGAUUAAUGGAUUUAUUCCCCGUAAAGAUAUCAAGCCAGAGUAUCAAUAUAUGCCUAGACCUGGGCUUCGACCAGCUCCCAACAGCGUGGAUGUUGAUGAUUUCAUCAACACAAGGAUACAGGAGGCUGACAAUGACCCAACGGCUCCUCCUUAUGACUCUAUCCAAAUCUAUGGCUAUGAAGGACGGGGCUCAGUGGCUGGUUCUCUCAGCUCCUUAGAGUCGGCUACAACAGAUUCUGAUUUGGACUAUGAUUAUCUACAAAACUGGGGACCUCGUUUUAAGAAACUAGCAGACUUGUAUGGUUCCAAAGACACUUUUGAUGAUGAUUCUUAACAAUAAAGAUACAAAUUUGGCCUUAAGAACUGUGUCCAAUAUUCUGAAGACCCCAGAAGAAAUGUAAACAGGUAUUUUUUUAAAAUCAAGGAAAGGCUCAUUUAGAAUGGCAACAUUUUACAGAGAGGAUCACUUUAAUAAAAAUGAGGACCUCCCAGUGGUAAAUACUGUGAAGUACCUUUUCUCCCAAAAGGCAAACAAAGAAGUUGGUUAUCGACUUCACUCAAGAGAAACCACUUGCCGUGCAAAAUAUUUAAGUGAAGGAAAAUGUUAACAGUGGACUUAGCAAUGAAGGGAUUUUUUUUUUCUGUGUUAUGAACAUCUAAACCUUUAAGUCAAAGAAGCUUCCACAAAAUUAAAAAAAGGACAACAGUUCUGAGCUGUAAUUUCGCCUUAAAACUAUGGACACUCUGUACGUAGUGCAUUCUUAAACUUGAAAUAUAUAAUAUUCAGCCAGCUUAAACCCAUAUGAUGUAUGUACAAUACAAUGUACAAUUAUUGUCUCUUGAGCAUCAAACUUGUUACUGCUAAUUCUUGUAAAUCUUUUUGCUUAUACUUUCAUCUUAAACUAAUACGUGCCAGAUAUAACUCUGUCUUGUUGCAGUGGGAGGCGCCCUAUUUCUAUGUCAUUUUUAAUGUAUCUAUUUGUACAAUUUUAAAGCUCUUAUUUUAGUAUACAUACAGAUUUCAGUAUUCUGACAUGUAAGAAAUGUUACAGCAUCACACUUAUAUUUUAUGAACAUUGUACUGUUGCUUUAAUAUGUGCUUCAAUAUAAGAAGCAACCUUUGAAAUAAAAAAAAUGAUUCUUUUUUUAAUCCUUGUUUUUGAUUCUUAAGCAUUUAAAAGGAGCCCCAUGUUUCUAAUGUCCCGUUUAUAGUUCUAAUGGACAAUUGUGACCUUUUAAUAGCCCUAUUUAUUAUCUGUUUGAAGUUUGUCUGUUGCCUUGUUAAGUGUUUAUUUAAAAAGCAAAUACAUUUUACAAAUGUUUUUUGAGAAAACUCUGUAAUGUCGUGUGAAUAAUUUUGUACCCUCUCAGUAGAAGACUUGUGGCUUCUUUCAGAGCACAGAUUCUAGGAGGAGAUGAUGCUCUGGACUGAGGGUUGGUUCUCAUUUUACAAUAUAUGUUAUGUAAUGUGCAUUUAUAUUCUAUCUUAGCAAUUCCAUGAUUAUGUAAUAAUAAGGCAACGAAGGUCCCAUAAUCUUCCAUAUUUGCAAUGGAGGCUUCAUUGUCUUGAAUGAACUCCUCUGGGUAUACCAGAAAAAUCUUAAGUCUUGCCCCAUGUGAUUACGAGAGCCCCUCACAAUGUUCCACCUGGCAAUUAGUUUAUCUGAAUAAUAAUUAUGACUAGCAUUUCAAGAUAUUUUUGUUUUCCUGCUGUAGAAUGACCUCAUCUUAGAAUAACAUGGCAUUUAAAUUUUUAAUGAAAGGUAGUAAUUUCUUUCAGAUUUGCUAUUUUUAGCAUUUUUUAAUUGAAUGAAAUUAUCUAUGACUUUUUUUAAAAAAUAUAUUUUAUUUUAAGAUGGGGCAAGGGGGAAGGGGACCAGGAGAGUCUCAAUGUAUCAGCUCAGCUCUGUAUACGUGUCUGUAGUCUAUUGAAACAUUAUAUAGCUUCUUGGACUAUACAGCUCCUUCCUGAUGCUUUACUGCUCUGGAGAAUCAGAGAGGAAAGAUUUAAAUGGAGCUUGAAAGGACACAGAAGUAUGGCACUUUGAGAAGAUGCUACUAUCCUUAUUCUCAUGACCUCUGUGCCAUAGGUGUCAUGUUUCUCAUUUGCAAUGAGAAGAUAACCUAGGUUAUAUCCCAAAUGACAACUAGAGCAAUAACCAAGUGUGUGUGUGGUGAAGUUGACUUGAAAGAGGUUGCACUAGAUGACCUCACAGGUCACAGCAAUGCUGAGAUUUUAGGAUUCUAUAAUUAGCAAUAGUAGGGGAAAGGUAACAUCCAUAUAUGACAUAAUUUUCUUUUUGUCAUCCCAGGUACAGGAAAAGUGACCUAUCUAGGACUAUAUUGACUAUAAAGUCAAUGCUUAGAUUUUCUUUCGUUUUCUCUCUUUGUUUCUUUUGAAAUUAGAUAAUGUUAUUCUACAUGCUUUGCUGGAACAACUUUCCAUUUAAUUACUUUUAGUUCAAAAUCGAGUCACAAACAGAGAUAAUCACUUUCAAAGCAUUCCUACAAGCUCGAGCUCCUGGCUCAUAUUGACCACUUUGUAUUCAAAUCAAAUUUUGCAGGAGAUGUCAAUGGAACCAACUCCCCAUUUAUGAUUAAUUCAGAGUCCUCCGUUUUAUUAAAGGGUUUUGUCUUUUCCAUAGGUUAAUAAUUUUUGCAUUUGGGUUCAUUUUUUUCUAUUUUUUUAUAAUCCAAAGAAUAUUUUGCUAGAUUUGCACAGUUCUUCACUUGAAUUUGAAACAAUGGAAAUAGGCAAAAAAUAAAGAAGUCAUACUUAACACAAGAACACAAGUACAAAUGCUCCCAUUGUAAAUGUUGAUGACACCAUUAGAACUGUAUUAGGGGUAGAACUGAUCACUUCAUUUUCUACAUAUUUAUGUUCAACAUUAAAAGGAACACUGUCCACUACUUUUUUAUGAGUUAUAAAUGGUUGGGUUUGGAGGACUUUUUUGUUGUUUUGGUUUGGUUUGGUUUUGGUUUUAGUCUCUGUUGUUUGUAGAACCCUCUUAGAAGCUUGGAAAUAAAAUUUCUUUCCCUAA